UCGUACACGCGCGCGCGCUCUCACCCAAUUUCGGAGCAAUCACGUGCGUGCACAUACGCACGUGCGUGUCACGCGCACACGCGAAAACAUGCGCAGAAAUGUAAUGCAAUAGUGCAAUGAUUGUGUAAAUGUGUGUGUGUGCAUGCUGCCAGGUGACGCUGAGCACCGGGGCUGUUUGGGGACCAGGCGCACCACAGGCUCGCUGUUCAAUGUGUGCAGUGUCAGAUAAUGAUGCACUACUCAAACUGGCUUAUUGGUGUGAAAAACAGAGCAUCUAUUCGAAAUGCAUGUAAAACACCUGACACGGAGUGGAGUAACAGAGGGCAUGUUCUGGACAUGCAGAACAACAAUCCGCAGGCCAACAGGAAGACAUCGGAGCUGGCGGUCAGCACGCACCUUUGUCAGAGAGGUUAUAAAGUAAUCAAGAGAAUUGGGGAAGGUACAUUUUCAGUAGUGAUGAAAACCCAGAGCCUUAAAGAUGGCAAGUUCUAUGCGUGUAAAACGAUGAAGCAGACAAUUAACAGUCUGGAACAGGCCAACAACCUGCGGGAGGUGCAGGCCAUGAAGAGACUCAGCCCGCACACCAACAUCAUUCAGCUGCAUGAACUGAUCUUUGACAAAGAGACAGGCACCUUGUCCUUGAUUUGUGAGCUGAUGGAGAUGAACAUCUAUGAGUUCAUACAGGGAAGACAAACUCCACUGCCUGACACUACAGUCAGGCUCUACAUGUACCAGCUCUGCAAGUCACUUGCACAUAUGCACAGAUGUGGGAUCUUUCACAGAGAUGUGAAGCCAGAAAACAUUCUGAUCAAACAAGAUGUCCUGAAGCUUGGAGACUUUGGUUCAUGCCGGAGUGUUUACUCAAAGCCGCCGCACACAGAGUACAUCUCCACGCGCUGGUACAGAGCCCCGGAGUGCCUCCUCACUGAUGGAUACUACAGCUUAAAGAUGGACAUCUGGAGCGCUGGUUGUGUCUUCUUUGAGAUCAUCAGCUUAAAUCCUCUAUUCCCUGGAACCAAUGAACUGGACCAGGUCUCAAAGAUCCAUGACGUGUUAGGCACCCCUGACAGAAGUCUGCUUCAAAAGUUCAAACAGUCGAGGGCAAUGCGUUUUGACUUUCCCCCAAAGAGGGGCAGUGGUAUCUCCAGGCUAAUCCCUAACUGCCCGGCUCCAGCCUUGUCACUGCUUUAUCAGAUGCUUGCCUAUGACCCUGAUGAACGCAUCACUGCAGAAGCAGCCCUGCACCAUACGUACUUCAGGGAAAUCAGGCUGGCAGAGAAGAGGGCAGAGACCCUUCUGCGAACUGUUGGGACUGUGGAUGGAGGAGAGGGGGGUGGAACACGCAAUUCCUUAGAUCAAAUCUGGCGCCCUGUUAGACAUGGCAGACAAGUGAGGGGACGACAUGCGAGGCAGACACCUUUAAUGAGCCACAACAUCAAGCACACAGCAGAGCCCCUGAUGAGACGAAACUUACCGCAUUAUGCAGCAGAGCUACCCAAGCUCAACAUGGUUGCACCAGGACCGCAGAUCCCCUACCCAGUGUCCACUUUGCCCGCUCUUACCAUCACUCACCGCGGCACACUGCCGGCCAUCACAUCCAAGAAGUGCCACCCCCGGUUAGCCAAGCCCAGGGAUGAGUCACACCGCUCAGCUUUGAAGACCUAUUACAUGCCACCUUUGGAUAGGAAACGUGGAGGCUACUGACUGAGCCAAAAAAAAAAAAAAGAAAGAAACACUCCAACAUACUGAACUGGAGACCUAUACUGACAUAAAUACAUAUACAUUUUGAGAAGACGUUGGUUUGAUAGGCCCGCUGUUAAAUUGUGGGUAGCACUACAAAACAUGACGUUUGAGAAAGAAGGCAGUGAAGACCACAAAGUGCGUCAUUUAGCAGUUUUGACUGCUACAACACAACAUAAACUCUCUUUGUAAUGGCAGAUGAAAUUCUAUGUAAUCUCCUUGCAAACAGUAUUGGAUUCCAUCAAAUGUUGGAUUGAGAUUUUGCAUCUUAGAUAGGACCACAAUAUUGCCUGACACAGUUGGGUGUUUCAUGUUUACAAAGGUUUAGGAACACACUUUGAACUGAGCCUGGAACACAAGCUAAGCAAUAAGAAAAGAAUGUCCAUGUUUUAACAGCUGAAACGCUCUUGACCAAGUGAAUUAAACAGUAUAAACCUUAGGUCAAGAAUAUCCUCAAUUCCCUGGGAAAUAUGUGCAGACAUGUGAUGAAGCCUUUUUGGUCAUAGCUGUGAAUAAACUCAUGACAAACUGUCAUUUUAAGGAAAAUAUCCUCAUAUACAAAAAUAAACAGCAAAAAAAAAAAAAAAAAAAAAAAAAAAA